AUGUCUGUCGAUCAUUAUCGAAAUGUUUCUUCAUCAUCCGUUCAUCGUUCGGAAGAGGAUCAACACCAUCGGAAUGAUGAACGAUAUCGUAACUACUCAAAGAAAAGUUCUGUAGAACAACCACAUAAAUAUGAUGAUGAUCGAUAUCAUCAUUCCACUGAAGAGGAUGACAAGUAUGAAGACUCGAGUCGUUAUCAUCAUCAUCAUGAAAAACAACAACAUCUCGAUCAAGACCAGCAUUCCGAUGAUGGUACUAAAGACACUCAACAACAUGAAAAAUCAAAGAAAUCAAACAAAAUUAAUGUUUGGGGUAAUGCAUCAACCAUGAAUAUAACUCCUUACGUGUACAAGAAAAUAUUAACAUCACCGUACUUCAAGUCUCUGUAUGAGUAUAAAACAUAUCACGAAGUUUUAGAAUUGAUUAAGAAUGUAAAAUACAUACAUCCAUUUACAGAUGCAGAUAGCAAUGGAUCUCCAAGCGUAGCCUUUUGUCUUUUAUUUAAAUUACACACUCUUAAAUUAUCGUACAAACAAUUGAAGGGAAUGCUUCAAAAAGAUGAACCUACAGUAAUUAAGGCACUUGCUUUAUUAUAUGUUAGAUUUGCUGUUAAUCCUGAUGAAAUGUGGGAAUACUUUAAGGAAUAUAUCAAUGAUGAAUCAAACACUGUGAAUAUAUUUACCAAGAAAUUGACCCUGGGAGAAUUUGUUCGAUCGUUAAUUAGUAAUCAAAAGCUUUUUGGAUCUCAAUGCAUUCUGCCCAUGCUCCCAGCAAAGGCCCUCUCGCGCAUGGAAGAUUUUUGCCAGGACUACCAACAUAGAAAUCAAAACAAACGAAAGCAACAUGAAAAUCCAUUUUACAAUCGUCAAAGCGACUACAGAAAGAAACAAAAGCAAGAUACCACUCCAUACCAACAACAAUCAUCAUUAUCUGGUCAAUCAUCUCAACAACAAGCAGACGACGAAAAAAUAGAUGAUGAGCCUGCAGAAAGCAGAUUUUCAAAACCUAAUUUCACAAAGGCCUCAAUUCCUUCCAAUUACACCAAAAAGUACGCUCUUACAAAAAGCUCUGAUGAGGACGACAAGAAAUUCUUCAAACACAAAGACAUCACAGAAGUGGAAACCAUUAGGUUGAGCAAGAAAUAA